UCGACCAAUUGCAGCCUCCCCGCCUCCGUCAUCCCGUUCAAUAAAUAAUGCUUUGUAAGCCGGAAUCGGCCUUCUCAACGAGUCAUAAUUGUUGCUUGGAAGUAGAAGACCCAUUUUCUAUUCAUUUUCUGCAGCUGUCGGUGUUGACUUUGUCAUAUUUUUAAGAUGACUACCCAGUUCCCAUCCCUCUCUCCGGUGCAGAAGAAGGAACUCUCUGACAUAGCCCAGAGGAUCGUGGCUCCAGGGAAGGGCAUUCUGGCAGCAGAUGAGUCCACAGGCACCAUGAGUAACCGCCUGCAGAAGAUUAACGUAGAGAACACUGAGGAGAACCGUCGGACUUUCCGCGACCUCCUGUUCUCUGCAGUUGACCCCAACUGCAUUGGUGGAAUCAUCUUUUUUCACGAGACACUGUAUCAGAAGUCUGACAAGGGUGUCCUCUUCCCCCAGGUCAUCAAGGACAAGGGCAUUGUGGUCGGCAUCAAGGUGGACAGUGGCACAGCUGGUCUGAAUGGAACAGAUGGAGAGAUGACCACACAGGGUCUUGAUGGACUCUCGGGGCGUUGUGCUCAGUACAAGAAGGACGGUUGUGACUUCGCCAAGUGGAGGUGUGUGCUCAAGAUUUCAGACUCCUGCCCCUCAGCCCUCGCUAUCGCAGAGAACGCUAACGUACUUGCCAGAUACGCCAGUAUCUGCCAACAGAAUGGCCUGGUGCCCAUUGUGGAGCCAGAGAUUCUGCCUGAUGGAGACCAUGACCUGCUGUGCACUCAGUACGUCACUGAGAAGGUUCUGGCUGCCACGUACAAGGCCCUGAACGAUCACCAUGUCUACUUGGAGGGCACCCUGCUGAAGCCUAACAUGGUCACCGCCGGACACUCCUGCCCCAAGAAGUUCACCCCCCAGGAGGUCGGCAUGGCCACCGUCACUGCCCUGAGGCGCACUGUCCCUGCCGCCGUGCCUGGCAUCACCUUCCUGUCUGGAGGCCAGAGCGAGGAAGAGGCCACUCAGAACCUGAACGCCAUGAACCAGACGGCCCUGCACCGGCCCUGGAAACUCUCCUUCUCCUACGGCCGUGCACUCCAGGCCUCCGCCCUCGCCGCCUGGAAAGGCAAGGCCGCCAACAAGAAAGCGGCACAGGAUGCCUUUACCUCCAGAGCCAAGAGCAAUGGCCUUGCCUCCAAGGGAGAGUACACAGUGGUGAGCAGCGCUGACCAGGCCUCCAUGCAGUCCCUGCACACAGCUAACUACGUCUACUAACUAGACCACAUGUCAGACAAGGACCAAAGAAUGCAGAAAAUAUCACCUGUACACGUCCCGUCCCUUCUCAUUCCUGCAAUGACAACAUUCCCCUAUGACCAAUCCAGUUGUACGAGUUAUUAUUUUACUACUAAUAAACAGAUUGAGUAAAUCAAAUAAAUGUGAAAUGUUUAAACUUGGGCCUCCAGAUUGGCGAUGCUAGAGGUGUCACUACAGACCCUGGUUUGAGUCCAGGCUGUAUCACAAUCGGCUGUGAUUGGGAGUCUCAUAGUGCGAUGCACAAUUGGUCCAGCGUCGUUUGGGUUUGGCUGGGGUAGGCCGUCAUUGUAAAUAAGAUUUUGUUCUUAACUGACUUUCCUACUUAUUAUCACGUCAUUAAAUCAGGAGAACAGUUUAGCUGUGCUAACAAGGGUUUUCUAAUGAUCAAGUAGCCUUUUAAAAGGAUAAACUUGGAAUAGCUAACAACGUGCCAUUGGAACACAGGAGUGGUGGUUGCUGAUAAUGGGCCUAUGUUGAUAAAUAUAUAUAUUUAUUUUUUAAAUCAGCUACAUAGUCACUUACAACAAUCAAUUUGAUGUUAUUUUAAAUGGACAAAAAAUAUAUAUAUUUCAAAAAACAUGGACAUUUCUUAGUGGCCCUAAACUUUUGAAUGGUAGUUUAUAUAUAUAUAUAUGAUUUAUUUUUGUUUUAAGUACCCACCUCAUGAAAGUCACCCUUUUUAAUCCAGCCAACAAUUGUAGCCAUUACAGUUCAACAUGUAGGUUCUAUACAUUGCUAAUGUUACAUUUUCAGCAAAUGGCAUUAUUGUUAAAUGCUUUGGCCAUUUAAUACAUUUACAGACAACCCCCUAAAUGUAUUCCCCCCCACACACAGCAUUUGACACAUUUACAACAGCUAGUUUAAAAAAAAAAACGUUAUUUAAUGAUAUGUUGUGUUCCAAUGGCAGAUUAGGUAACACAGGAGUGGUGGUUGUUAAUGGGCCUCUGUAGAUGUUCCAUAAAUAAACCAUUUCCAGCUACAAUGUCUACACUGUAUUUCAAUGGACAUUUCUAAGUGACCCCAAACUUUUGAACGGUAGUGUGUAUACAGUGGGGAGAACAAGUAUUUGAUAAACUGCCGAUUUUGCAGGUUUUCCUACUUACAAAGCAUGUAGAGUUCUGUCAUUUUUAUCAUAGGUACACUUCAACUGUGAGACAUUAAUUUGCAUUUUAUUGCAUGACAAGUAUUUGAUCACCUACCAACCAGUAAGAAUUCCGGCUCUCACAGACCUGUUAGACACCAGGGAAAAAAUUGUAGACCUGCACAAGGCUGGGAUGGGCUACAGGACAAUAGGCAAGCAGCUUGGUGAGAAGGCAACAACUGUUAUGCAAUUAUUAGAAAAUGGAAGAAGUUCAAGAUGACGGUCAAUCACCCUCGGUCUGGGGCUCCAUGCAAGAUCUCACCUCGUGGGGCAUCAAUGAUCAUGAGGAAGCUGAGGGAUCAGCCCAGAACUACACGGCAGGACCUGGUCAAUGACCUGAAGAGAGCUGGGACCACAGUCUCAAAGAACCAUUAGUAACACACUACGCCGUCAUGGAUUAAAAUCCUGCAGCGCACGCAAGGUCCCCCUGCUCAAGCCAGCGCAUGUCCAGGCCCGUCUGAAGUUUGCCAAUGACCAUCUGGAUGAUCCAGAGGAGGAAUGGGAGAAGAUCAUGUGGUCUGAUGAGAUAAAAUUAGAGCUUUUUGGUCCAAAACUCAACUCUCCGUGUUUGGAGGAAGAAGGAGGAGUUCAACCCCAAGAACACCAUCCCAACCGUGAAGCAUGGAGGUGGAAACAUCAUUCUUUGGGGAUGCUUUUCUGCAAAGGGGACAGGACGACUGCACCGUAUUGAGGGGAGGAUGGAUGGGGCCAUUUAUCGCAAGAUCUUGGCCAACAACCUCCUUCCCUCAGUAAGAGCAUUGAAGAUGGGUCGUGGCUGGGUCUUCCAGCAUGACAACGACCCGAAACACACAGCCAGGGCAACUAAGGAGUGGCUCCGUAAGAAGUAUCUCAAUGUCCUGGAGUGGUCUAGCCAGUCUCCAGACCUGAACCCAAUAGAAAAUCUUUGGAGGGAGCUGAAAGUCCGUAUUGCCCAGCGACAGCCCCGAAACCUGAAGGAUCUGGAGGUCUGUAUGGAGGAGUGGGCCAAAAUCCCUGCUGCAGUGUGUGCAAACCUGGUCAAGAACUACUGGAAACGUAUGAUCUCUGUAAUUGCAAACAAAGGUUUCUGUACCAAAUAUUAAGUUCUGCUUUUCUGAUGUAUCAAAUACUUAUGUCAUGCAAUAAAAUGCUAAUUAAUUACUUAAAAAUCAUACAAUGUGAUUUUCUGAAUUUUUGUUUUAGAUUCCAUCUCUUACAGAUGAAGUGCACCUAUGAUAAAAAAAAUUAGACAUGCUUUGUAUGUAGGAAAACCUGCAAAAUCGGUGUGUAUCAAAUACUUGUUCUCCCCACAUAUAUAUAUAUAUAUACAUACCAGUCAAAAGUUUGGACACCCCUACUCAAGGGUUUUUCUUGAUGUACUUGGUCUUUUAUGAAAUAGCCCUGCUUUGUCACAUCUGUCUCAAAUGCAUUGAAAGAAAUUCCACAAAUUAACUUAAGGCACACCUGUUAAUUCAAAUGCAUUCCAGGUGACUACCUCAUGAAGCUGGUUGAGAAUGCCAAGGAUGGCUACUUUGAAGAAUACACUAUUUGAUUUGUUUAACAUUUGUGGUUACUACAUGAUUUCAUAGUUGAUGUAGUCACUAUUCUACAAUGUAGUAAAAAAAAAAAAAUCUUGAAUAUGGUGUGUCAACUGUUGACUGGUACUGUACAUGUUGAAGAGGGUGGGGUUUAAGCUGCAUCACUGUCUCACCCCACUGCUUUGUGGAAAGACCACAUUAUUUGUGUACAUGGAUUUUAUCCUACAAUGCAAAUUGAGUCAAAAGCUUUUUUGAAAUCAACGAAGCAUGAGAAGACCUUAACUUUUUUUGUUUGUUAAUUAGGAUGUGCAGGGUGAAUACGUGGUCUGUCGUACGGUAAUUUGACAUUUUCUCAAUUCAUUUUCACUGAGGAAAUGUACACGUCUGCUGUUGAUGUAUAUCCCACAAUUAUUUGGCUCAAAUUUGUCUCCCAUUUUGUGGAUUGGGGUGAUCAGUCCUUGGUUCCAAAUAUUAUGGAAGAUCUCGCUUAAGUGACUACCUCAUCUCUGUACCCCACCCAUACAAUUAUCUGUAAGGUCCCUCAGUCAAGCAGUGAAUAUCAAACAGAUUCAACCACAAAGACCAGGGAGAUUUUCCAAUGCCUCGCAAAAAAGGGCACCUAUUGGAAGAUGGGUCAAUAUAAAGAAAGCAGAUAUUGAAUGUCCCUUUGAGGAUGAUGAAGUUAUUAAUUACACUUUGGAUGGUGUAUCAAUACACCCAGUCACUACAAAAAUAUUCAUCCUUUCAUUAUAUAUUUUUUAAAGUAGGCAAGUCAGUUAAUUAAGAAUAAAUUCUUAUUUACAAUGACGGCCUAACUUGGACGAUGCUGGGCCAAUUGUCUGCCGCCCUAUGGGACUCCCAAUCACAGCCGGUUGUGAUAUAGCCUGGAAUCAAACCAGGGUCUGUAGUGACGCCUCUAGCACUGAGAUGCACUGCCUUAGGAAGCUCCCGAGUGGAGCAGCGGUCUAACUCAGUUGCCGGAGAGGAAGCAAGCCACUCAGGGAUUUUACCAUGAGGCCAAUGGUGACUAAAACGGUUAGAGUUUAAUGGCUGUGAUAGGAGAAAACUGAAGGCGGAUCAACAACAUUGGAGUUACGACACAAUACUUUCUGAAAAGAAGCAAGCUGGUACAGAAUAACAAAUGUGGCAAAGAAAUUAACUACGUCAUAUAAUUAAAGCAUUAUGUUUGGGGCCAAUCUAACAUAACAGAUCACGGAGUACCACUCUUCACAUUUUCAAGCAUGGUGGUGGCUGCAUCAUGUUUUGAAUAUGCUUGUCAUCUGCAAGAGAUUAAAAAAAUGUAAAAAACUUUUUAAACUAUUGGAAUAAAGCUAAUAAGCACAGGUAAAAUCCUAGAGGAAAACCUGUUUCAGUCUACUUUCCAAAAGACACAGAGACAAAUGAACUUUUCAGCAGGACAAGAACCUAAAACACAAGGCCAAAUAUAGAUGGGUUGACUUAGGAACAUUCAAAGGGCCUAGUUACAGUUUACACUUAAACCGGCUUGAAAAUAUAUGGCAAGACAAAUUGCUGUCUAGCAAUGAUCAACAGCCUGCUUGAUAGAGGUUGAAUACUUUUUAUAAGAAUAAUGAGCAAAUAUUGUACAAUCCAGGUGUGCAAAGCUCUUAGAGACUUACCCAGAAAGACUCACAACUGUGUUCACUAUCAAAGGUAAUUCUAACGUGUGAAUACAUAUGUAAAUGAGAUAUUUUUGUAUUUCAUUUGCAAUAAAUUAGCAACAUUAUGGGGUAUUGUGUAACAUUCUGGGGUAUUGUGUAUAGAUGUGUAAAAAACAUUUAAUUCAGGCUGUAAUGCAACAAAAUGUGCAAUAAGUCAAGGGAUAUGAAUAGUUUAUGAAAGCACUUUCCAGCCUUGUAAGACUAAGUAGCUAGAUUAUUGGCUCCUCGAGACUUGAUGGUUGACCACUAAAGUGGCUUAUCAAUGUUAGAAAUGAUUGGUAGUCAAAGGGUAAAACAAUAACAUGAUACUCAAAUGAGUAGCUGUGUAUUGAGUGAAAACUAUUUUUUAAAGCAUUUGGUUCCAUAAGCAAGCUACACAAAUACAGUGCAAUUAAAAACACCCCAUUACACAAACACAGUUUUGUAUUGCUAUCCUUAUUGGGACCAAAUAAUUGAUUCCCAUCCAAAAUCAUAUUUUCCUUAACCCUAAAUCUAACCUUAACCUCAAACCCUUAACUCUAAAACUUUACCUAACUGGAACUCCUAACCCUAAUUGUAACUCUAACCCUAAAAUAGCAUUUUUCCACAUGGGGAUGGCAAAAUGUCCUUGUGUUACUAUCCUUGUGAGGUCUACCCACAAGGAUAGUUAAACAAAAACACACUCACACCACACAGUUGCUGCAGUAGAGUAUAAUUCAUAUGUUAUUAUUGACCAUUUCCAUUCAUCAGAUAUAGGACAAGUUCUGACUAUAACUAUAGGUCCUCCACUAAGGGGAGUAGUAUACACAAACGAGCCAAAUUAACACGUUUGAUUGGUUAGUGAGUAUAGGCCUGCUGAAGUGAAGAUUAUCAGGAGUAGGUUGAAUAGUAUGCCUUCUCAUUUUUAGGUUUCACUUUAAUUGUCCCCAGGCUCAAUUCUUUCCGAGAUAUCGGGCUCGGUGGAUGAUAUUAGCUGGAUAAUAAAAUAACAACAGGUAAAGAUGAGGAAGGAGUUAGAGACACACACAGAAAGAAGCUAUUGCUAAACAAUAUCUUUGUUGAAGAGCUAAAAAGCCUGCCAGUUGGCUAGGUGAGUCAGUGAACAGUUCAUCUCUCACGGCAAACUAAGUAAAUCGAGCAUCUGACCAAAUGACGCAAGACUUUUGUUCUGAGUUUAACCGAGAUUAAUGGAAAGUAGGCUAGGUUUCCUGAGUGUAUGAGGACUUCAGGGCAAAACAUGCCAUGGUGGACAGGAGGAUAAGGAGUGCCAAGACACACAGAGGAAGUUAUCAAUAUCUCUGUGCUCACAAUCUGUAAGAGAGUGAGAGAGAGAAUACUCAAACAGAAAAUAAUUAACCCAGAGCAGAGCAACUCUAUAGCAGGUGAUGUUGAUAGAUUGGUUUUUACACAGUGUGGCAGACCAGGGGGUUGGGUCAAAACGUUUACACAGAUCAGACAUGGACAAAGUAGGAUUAGCUCAGUUUCAAAGGUGUUUAUUAAAAUAAUAGUCCAAAAGAAAAUAAUAGUCCUGGCCGGAGAGCCCGUCGAGACCUGGCAUGUCCAGCAGAUGGAGCCAUCGCCUUGUGUAUACUUCAUCUGUUUGUGUCUGACCAUCCAGACAAGGGGAGGAUGGUCUGUGGGUACCUAAUAGGUAAUAAAUAGAGUACUGUUUUUCUCUAUGUAUCAGCUUUCGGCUGAUGUACUUGAUGGGGUGCUCCUCCCCAUCAUGUAUCUGGGACAGAACGACCCCUCCUGUAUCACAUGCUGGACCACAACUAAUUUAUCUGUAUUUGUUACAUGAAUAAAAACAUAUUUACUCAAAA